UUGACAGAACAAAUUGAGAACCUGCAGAAAGAAAAGGAAGAGCUGACAUUUGAAUUGUUGGCCCUGGAGCCGCGAGCAUCAGAUGAUGAGACCCUGGAGUCGGAGGCUUCCAUUGGAACAGCAGACAGCUGCGAAAACCUCAAUGUUGAUUCUGAGGGAACCAUGUCCGACUUCUCCACAGAGAGAGGUCAAGUGGUGGCCUCCCCCCAGCCUCGCAGGUCUGACGGCAGGAGCCCCCGACGCCACAUCCUCCAUCGGCAGCCUGAAUCUGUGGACUCCGUGGACUCUUUCUCCAGUGUUUCUUCUUAUUCAUCAUCGUCCCACUACUACCCAUCAUUCUCAGCAAAUACACAGCGCUUUCGUUUCCACUCCAAGUCGCCGCCGCAAGGUUCAGUGUCAGCGCAAGCUCCCGUCCUGACCGCUUUUCAAUCCUUCCGAUCUAAUAGCUUAGACUGUAGCUCCACAGGGGAUCACGAAAGUUUGUAUGAUGAAAGUCCCCAGUUCAGCAGUCGAGGCACCUUCAAUCCAGAGAAGGGCAAACAGAAAUUAAGAGGGGGCAGACAUUCAAGACACCACAGGAACAGUGGUGGGCACAGCAGAGACCCUCCAGAUAUAACACAGCCAGUUGUAGUGUAUGGUAACAAUGAAUUCAUGGUAUGAAGGACUCUGGGACAUUAUUACAAUCACUAUUUAACUUCACGGCAGGCACAUUUAUAUAUAAAUAUGUACCUAAUGGGAGCUUUUCAACAGCUCUUGCUUUGCCCCCUGUGGAAGUCUGCAGUGACGACUCCCUAAGUGCUGUUCGUACUAUUCAUAGUGCUUCAAUCUUCAGUUGGUGGAGACGUUUGCCAAGGACUGGAGUUGCUGGAAUGUCUUCUCCUCUGUAGACCAUACUGCCAGCAAUGCUGUCACAGUGCCUCAGCAGAUCUAUAAUCUGCACCAAAAGGAGACACACUGAACAUGAGGACAGAGUAAAAGGGAAUGUUGGACGCCCAGCAUCAGGGAAUGUUUACAGUUGUGAGGAAGUACCAGUGUAAAGGAAAUAUGAUGAAACCAUGAAACAUCAGGUGUCCCAGAGGUUCCAGUGACCUUUAAGCUCUCCUAUAUUAGCUGCUUUAUGAGUUUAAAGUUUACAAAAAGUUAAAGCAGUGGAUGUUCAGUUAUUACAGAUUUUUUUUCCUUAUUUAAUACAUUUUUAUUGUCAUAGAAAUCCAAUAAUAUACUGUACAGGUAAAAACCCACUACCAGCCUCUGUUGGGUUGGUAAGAUAUUUAUCUUGUUUUUUUGGCAGAGGCAUACAGAUUAGGGCAGAAGAUGGUUUACAUGUUUGUAUGUGUGUAUUAGUAUGCAUGCAUGUGCUGAGCGUUCAUGAGUGACUGUAUUUACAAAUGAAACCACUUAAUUUGUUUUAAGUUUGUGCUGCUUAUUUCCUCUUGUUUAUGGGAAAUAUUGCCAUGAAAGGGACCAAGUCAGCUGGUGUUUUUCAGCCCAGGGGAUCCCAGCCCUGUACAGAACGUUGGAUGUAUAAUAAAUCCACAGAAAUCACUGCUUAACAGCCAUAAAACAUUAAUGUAAUGUACAGUACAAAUCCUAUGUACAGUAUAGUGGAAAUACAGUAUGUUAUUGUGUUCUUUAAAACUCAUUGUUGUACCCCUGUUACCUACCCUUCCCUCACCUCUUGUCUCUGUAAAAUGUUUGCUUAAAUACACCAACAAGUCCAUAAAUUUAUUAGUAUAUUCAGUCAUUUUUUUC